CAUCACCAUCGUUGGAAUUGCUUCAUAGAAGUCCGCUUCGUCCGCAACUUUUUCCCUCAUUAGCUAAUCGUGAUCGCUUCGAUCCAAGAAUGGCUCUCAUUCCCGGCGGCUUUGGAUUCGGCUCCCGGCGGAUCAACGCCUUUGACCCCUUCUUCCCCGACCCGUGGGAUCCCCUAGCCGGCUUCACGUUAGGUCCCUCCUCGCCUCUCCUCUCCCUUCCCCGCCCUUCUCCAUUGUAUUUCCCUAGUGAGUCCUCGGCCUUGGUCGGCGCUCGCGUCGACUGGAAGGAGACUCCGGAGGCGCAUGUCUUCAAGGCCGACCUCCCGGGGCUCAAGAAGGAUGAGCUGAAGGUUGAGGUAGAGGACGGCCGGAUCCUCCAGAUCAGCGGCGAGCGGAAGAUCGAUAAGGAGGAGGGGACAGACAACUGGCAUUGCGUGGAACGGAGAAGCGGCAAGUUCCUGCAACGCUUCCGUUUGCCGGAGAACGCUAGGGUGGACCAAGUGCGGGCCGCGAUGAAGGACGGCGUACUCACCGUCACCGUGCCCAAGGCCGAUAUCAAAAAGUAUGACAUCACGUCCAUCGAGAUCUCUGGUUGAAGGGGAGUUCCUUUAGUCAUUUUCCCAAGGAUCGAGUAAAUAAUGCUUUGGUGAUUAAAGCUGCUCUUCUAUCACCAUGUUCUUUUAGCUUUAGCUUCUGAUAUGGGCGUAACAAUAGGUUCCUAAUGUUGAUACAAGACCAUGUGUUAGGCUUUUGUGAGGAUGGAGAGAAAUAUGUUGUUGAUUUGAUGUUCUUGUUCCAUUGUUCUUUUUGUUUGUGAAGCGUGAUCAAAUGUUCUCCAUCAGAUUGCUUCCUAAUUGAAUUUCUUGAACA